GAUUCCACACCAAUCCAUCGCUCAAAUAUUUGUCUUGCUUAAAAAUUUUAAAACAGUUUUGAUCCCCAACCAACGAUUAAAGUUUCCAUAGUGCUGGCUUUUCCCUGGGCGAGACUUUUGUGGUUUCCACGAGCGGAUUAUUACUGAAAUGUUUACUCAACGAUCACGAAAGCUCUGCGCGAUCAAGGAAAGUGCUUGCCCAGGCGGUUGGUGAGAGCCUCAGAGUGCACAGCACUGUGUCUGGACUUUAAUUGGACGGAUGCACCGCGGAGUAUCGUCUUAUCAGUCCUAUCCACUCUGCGUCCCAGUAUAUUUAUAUUCGCAUUCGAACCUAUCGAGACUGGAUCUGAGCAACCUCGAGUCUUUUGUCGCUGUUUGCUCUACGUUUCACAGUCAAAAAUAUCUGCAUACACAAUUUAUACAAUACAUAAUACACUUUAGAAGAUACAGGAAAUGAAAGUGAUUAGGGCCAGGGACAUUGUAGACGAGCCGAGCUUGGUGGCCCCGCAUCCGUAUAUAAACUUUUUGCGCUUCCUAAGCGCAAAGCCCAGCUACGGACUGCUGCGACUCCUUCAGGAGGCUCCUACUCUCUGGGAUGUACUAACAGUCGCCCAGAAGAGGCUGUUUGAAAGAGAACGCAUCUUGGCACGCCUCACUCGUUACACGAUUGCUCGUCGUCGUCGUCGCCGUCGUCGGUUACUGCGCCGCAAUCGAGGCCACCCCUGGCAAGGACAUGCUCAGGUUCGACGCCCCAUCUACGACAGGCGCCCACCAUCCAGGCGCAGAGCGCGCAAAUAGGUUCGGAGUGGCUUUUAGCCUCUGAUUUGUGCAGGGCAUCCAAUACAAAAAAAAACAAAUUGAAGAAUUUGCCCUGCGAUAGCUUUCUUUCUCUUUCUGUCAGAGAUCCUGUUUAAAUUUAAUGUGUUCUGCUUCUGCGGACUGACUGACCCACAAACAGCAAGUAUAGCUAGCUAGUAGCUAGUAGCUAGUAAUAUGAGCUUAAGGCAGCCAGUGGUCAAGCGUCGAUCCAAAUAACCACAUCUAACUCCUAUUGUCACCUGGCAACAAGAGUUUUCUAAGUCUCGAGACCACCUGAAAUGGUUUUUUUUUCGGAAUCAAAAUGUGGAGGCGUGUGCUGCUAUUGCUUUGAAUAUGGAGAACAACGAGGGCCUGCCGAGAGGGUCACGACAGGACCAAAGCACUUCCGGUCGUUUCUUUCUAUCUGGUGAAUGCCGCGAUUGGACUCGCAACAUUUAUUGUCCAGUGAACAAAUUUGACCUUUUACUUGUGAAUUGUCUUCUCGCCUCCUCGCAAAAAACAACAAAAUGUUUAUAUAUUUUAAAAAGCAUGCAAACAUACACAUCACAUAUACACAUAUAAGUUUGUCUUUUUUGCUUUCAUUGCGUCACCUUCUCAGAGCAAUCAUGAGUGGACGAACUGACGGACGGUAGUCGCAGCUCAAGCUGGGGAAGCCGAAGACGCUGAUAGAGUGCUAGGAAGAGCAUCCUUCACUCUGCGGCAUGCGCGAGAUAGUCGGGUCGGGGAAGGGUGUUAAUCAGAAAAAGUCUCCCAUCCCCAGAAACUUUCCGUUUCUCAAUAAAUUAUUUAUCAAUUUUAAUUUCCGCUCGCCACACAAAAGCAAAACAGAGAAAGAAAAGGCAGAAAUAGCGACACUUAAUGGCUCAGCUUCAGCUCCAACUACAUUGUUGUAAGUUUCAGUAUUCCACACGAUUCGGGUUUCUGAAAACACAAACAACGGACGAACGGCAUUUGCCCGCAAGCCAAACUGGUUGGCUUCUGCUGCCGCUGGCCGCAGGCAAAUUCCCGUUUUGGAUGUGGCGAAUGUUUCUUUGCUCUGCUCUGGUGUUUAGUUAACUAAGUCGACUAUUUGGCAAGCGUCUGGCGACGCAACUUGUAUGCGGAUGGCUGGUGGAUGGUGGAUUGACAGUGACAGAGACGACUGCAGUGCUUAUGUCAUACUUAUUGU